AUGUCCGCUGAACCUAACAGCAAGUUUGCGCCGGAGCCUCAAAUCCAGAACAAAAGCCGCGAGUUGAGCUUCAAGCAGAAGCUGGAUCAGGCCGCUCACGACGCCCGUAAAUCCGAAGAAGAUCCCAAGCAGAACCCCAUCGUCGAGAAAGCCGCGGCCAAGAUUCUCGGUAAUCCGCAGGAGGAGAAGGAGGAAAAGAUUUCGCGUCCAGGAAUUCCUGGACCUCCGGAACGGCCGUACAACGACGCCCAGGUGGAGGAAUUCAUCCGCCAGCAGCACCGUAGCAAGGGAGAAGACGGCAUUCUCCAAUGA